UCCGUCAUGGUGACGAAACUUUUUGGCUUCUUUCCCCAUCAAAGCGUAAAAAGUCCUUUCCCAUCGACACUCAAGCCUCCCCUCUGGCCCACCCUAGCGCCAUCCCGACCGCCUCUAAUCUCGCCGCGACCACCCUCGCCUUCUUCUUCCAACUCCCCUAUUUAUAUAUACACCCACCCACUCUCACUGGAAAACCAGAACAGACACGAGAAGAGCUUGCUUUGCCCUGCCCAAACUUCUAAUGGCGAUCGAUGAUUCCUUCAAGAAGCCAGGAGCCAUCCCAUUCAAGUGGGAGAUCCGACCCGGUGUCCCCAAGCACCAACAUCAACAACAGCAACAACAACCCGUGUCGGCGUCGUCCAAUCUUCGCCGCUCGUCGGCGGCCCACCAGCGUUCGUCUCCCACUGCGCCAACAAAGCUCUCGCCGCCCCCCGCCGGGUUGCGCUUCCGGCCUCCGCAGCCGGAGCUCUGGACCCGGCCCUUCCACUCCUCUCCGCGAACCAGGUCCGAGCGGUACCGCUUGGAUCGGUCCUUGCUGGUCCGACGCGAAGCCGUUGCUGCCGGUUGCUUUCCAAGCCCGCUGGCGAAGCGAAAGGGCGAGAAGAAUGGAGCCCGCGUGCCCGUGCCCGUGCCCAGACCCGAGUUCGGGGCGGAACCCGAGUACGCUUCGGAUCUGGAGACGCCGUCCCGGUGGUCCUUGUCGACUCGCAAGUCUGUGUCGCCGUCGCCGUUUCGCGACUCGCCCCUGUCUUCGUCGUCGUUCUCUUCCUACCGAUCAUCGCCGCACCCGGUGAGUGAAGCUGAGUGGGCCGGGUUUGCGCUUUUCUAGACGCAGGCUUUUCCAUCGGGUCACAACACAAUCCAAAUCGCCACCUCUCUCUCUUAGCCAAGUCUUAUUUGGUUUAUGUUAUUAUUAUGUUACUCAAUAUGGAUCAAUCUCUAUCAAACCAAACAUCCAAAAAGCCCAAAGCCCAAAGCCCAAUAAGACAGAGACAAUGGAUGCUUUCGCAGUUUUGGUCUUAUUUUGUAAAGAAAGAGAUUAGUUUUAUAAUUUAAAUAUAUAUUAUAACAUCUAUUUCAUGAUUUGAAAAUUAAACUCAUAUCUUUUUUAUUAUGCAUAACCUAAGUA